AUGGCGACGACGAACGACGAUGACGAUGGGACGAUGACGCGCGCGCGCGCGCUUCGCGAGCUCGGCCUGGGGGACGAGGACGCGGGCGUCGUGGAUGAAAAGAUGAUUCGAGCGAGGUACAGAGCGCUGUGCCUGGAGUGGCAUCCGGAUAAACGCCCGGCGAACGAGGCGGUGGCGGCGACGAAGAAGUUUACGAGCGUGACGUGCGCGUAUCACGCGCUGACGCGGGUGAAUUUUGAUGAGAAACGAUGGCGAGCGACGUACGCGAUACCGCCGUUGCAGAGCUUGGAGGACGUCCUCGCGAGAGCGCUGGGGGGGGGGUGUCCGUUCGAGAUCGAGGCGAUGUUACGAAGACGCGGAGAGUAUAGGCCGAAUGAGAGAUUUGGGAUCGAUGUGCACGUGCCGUGGGAGGCUGGGGAGCGACCGGAGGCGGAUUUUAGUGGAGUGGCGGCGUACUCGCGAACGCGUGCGCUGGGAGAUGGUCGAGGGGCGGACGAGGCGCGGGAGAUGGAAAUCGCGUGGGCGGCUGGAAAGAUGGCGGGGGGGAGUGAUGAUCGACCGUGGGAGCGCGUCGGCGGAGUCGGGUACGACGGCGACGAGCGGGUGAAGAAAUCUCUCGGAUGGAGACGACCUUUGAUUCCGGAACGCGCCGGGCGCCCGGACGCGUCGGCGGAGGAGCUGAACGACGAGGGGAUGGAUUUUUACGUGAAGAAACGCUACGACGAGGCGCUGUCGUGCUACUGUGCGGCGAUAGAGAAGGAACCCGGAAAGGUUGCGUAUCAGGGGAAUGUCGCAGCUGCCGCACUGCUGUACGCUUCGGAGUUGCGCGACGGUUCGCCGGAGAAGAUUGAAGCGCUCCAGCUCACCGUAUCAGCGUGCGAGGCCGCGAUAGCGCUAGAUGAUGGGUACACGCGAGGGUACGUUCGAAUGGGCAAAGCAUUAUUAGCACUCGGUGACGCGACGGAAGACGCCAAACCACUGCGAAGAGCGAAGGAGAUGUUGACCAAGGCGCUCGAGCUCGAUGCUUCGUCCGUGUCAGCCAAGAAGACUUUGAAGGACGUCCAAAUCAGUCUUCAACUGUACGAUAGCGAUAGCGAUUAA